GGCCUACGCGGCUACGCAUCGGCACAGUCGGCGCGCUUGAGGCCUCGCGAGUCGCGACUCGACUCUCCCUCCUGUUUCCCGGCCGUCCCCUCCCCCACCAAUCCAACUCCAAUUCGUCCUCCCCAUCGACGCCUCGAGGUUGCCGCGCCCGGCCCAACGCAGCAGCGCCGCGGGGAGGGAGCUGGCGGUAAGGAGAAGGGAUCCGAUCGGGAAAGUAUGAGCUUGGUCUCCGGCGCCCCUCGCCGUCGAGCUCGAAUCGGGAGAUAAGAAGAAUCUGCUGGGGGGGAGCCCCAUAGAAGAUGGCCUCGCAUCCGCACCCGCAGGAGGAUAAAUCAGACCGCCACAGCGCCGGCGCCGGCGCGUCGAGGGAGCAGGAGCGGCGGCCGUCCAAGGCAUGGGGAAUCCUCAUCUUCGGCCUCAUCGGCGUCACCACCGCCAGUUUCGCCAUUACUCAAGUUCGCAGAAGCGUGGACUGGUUCUACACUCAGUUGAAUAAAGUGCAGACAACAUCAUCUUGGAGGUAUACAAGUAAUAGCUCAAGUCGUGGAAGUUUCAGUGAGGAAACUAAGAAAAGAUAUUAUCAGCGAAUGCAGCAGGAAUAUGAAGAGGAACAAGAGAGAGUUCAAAGAAUAAGGCAUAUGCAAAGUGUUUUCAACAGAGAGAGGAAUAAAUUUAGACGAGGUUAUGAAAGCUGGAGGGAGAAUGGCCCUCCUGGUGGCUACAAUUACAUCCCUCGGGAUGAUUGGUAUUGGCAGACUGAUACUUCUCACUCGGAACAUAAAAAUAGACGGACAUACACACCGGCGGGACCUAGGGUUUAUCCUAUGUCGCAUCACUAUGCAGUUCUUGGUCUUGACAGAUCACGUGCGACGCCAUAUACAGAUGCAGAAGUGAAGACUUCACCUGCUGCAGACUGCUUUUAGAACAAAAGCGAUGGAAGUCCAUCCUGAUCAAAAUCAAGAUGAUAGAGAGGGUGCAGAAGAGAAGUUCAAGGAGGUUGUCAAGUCUUACGAAGCAAUUAAAUUGGAGAGAAAAAAUGGUGUAAGUUGAUGCAGACUUCCAAUGUGAUCGGUCAUGCGGGAAAGACUGGGAUCAGUUGUAAACUGCCUUGUAUAUGUAAUCAGCUGUUGCCGGCAGCUUGAUGAAAUUGUAUCGGCUGUUGCUGUUGAGGGCCUGUGCCCUGUAGCACGAGUUCCAUUUAUGAGCUUGUGCGAUGUAGACUAGGAUAGGUUCAAAAGAUGUGUUUUUGUUCUCAUUUAGCCACUAGCUUGACGUCCUCACGUGCAUAAAUGCCAUAAACUUGACAAGUGGACUGGACCACAAGGGCGAGCACUUUUGUUGCCACUGGGAGUUGUAUUCACUGCUCAAUACCUGGUGAUUUCCUUUUCAUUUGGUGGAAACUGAUACCUGAUCCGAAAAAUAACUGAACAUAGCAUAGUGUUCAUUUGUCUGC